UUCGGUAGGUCCACGAUGACGGAGCCGGGCGCCUCUCCGGAGGACCCUUGGGUCAAGGCAAGCUCCGCGGACGCGCACGCCGGCGAGGGGAGGGCGGGUCGGGCUCGUGCACGUAGGGGGUCCGGAAGACGCGGGGCUCCCCAGCUAUCCCCAGAGUCUCCCCUGCUGUCCGGGCCCCGGGGCUGCAGAGAAGACAGCUCUCACCCGGCGUGUGCCAAGGUCGAGUAUGCCUACAGUGACAACAGCCUGGACCCUGGGCUUUUUGUAGAAAGCAGCCACAAGGGGAGUGUAGUGUCCAGAGCUAAUAGCAUCGGUUCCACCAGUGCCUCUUCCGUCCCCAACACAGAUGAUGAGGACAGUGAUUAUCAGCAAGAGUCCUACAAGGAGUCCUACAAAGACCGGAGGCGGCGUGCUCACACUCAAGCUGAACAGAAGAGGAGGGAUGCUAUCAAGAGAGGCUAUGAUGACCUUCAGACCAUCGUUCCCACCUGCCAGCAGCAGGACUUCUCCAUUGGCUCCCAAAAACUCAGCAAAGCCAUCGUUCUACAGAAAACCAUCGACUACAUCCAGUUUUUACACAAGGAGAAGAAAAAACAGGAGGAAGAAGUAUCCACAUUGCGCAAGGAUGUCACAGCCCUGAAGAUAAUGAAAGUGAACUACGAGCAAAUUGUGAAGGCACAUCAGGACAACCCUCAUGAAGGAGAGGACCAGGUCUCUGACCAGGUGAAGUUCAACGUGUUUCAAGGCAUCAUGGACUCCCUAUUCCAGUCUUUCAAUGCCUCUAUCUCUGUGGCCAGCUUCCAGGAGCUGUCAGCUUGUGUCUUCAGCUGGAUUGAGGAACACUGUGAGCCACAGACUCUGCGAGAAAUUGUGAUUGGCGUCCUCCAUCAAUUGAAAAACCAACUCUACUGAGGGCUCCUGGAGAGCUGCAGAGGCCUUUAGUCUGUUUGGCCAAGGAACUGCUGGGCCUAUGAGACUGGACCGCAGCACCUCACACCGGUCAGCUGGCUUCUACUUGGUGUUUGGUUUGCCCAGCUUCACUGAGGCUGUGUUCUGUGAAAGCUUUUCAUUAAUUUAUUAUAAUUGCCCACAAUGGUGGACCCACCCAGCCUUCCCAGGAAAAGUUCUAGGACAGGAAUCUGUUCAGAGAACCUCACAGGCGCCCCCAGCCCUUUCUCUAACCAUUGGGUUUCUAUUCACUAUAUAUAUAUAAUUUGGAAAUUGUUCGCCUCUGCUUGGUCUCUUGGGCAACACUUGGCUCAAGUUUGGGUAUUUUGGCAGUUUUUGACUUGGAAAAAUAGCCCCAUGGCCAUGAAGGGUGAAAGGCCACCGUAUGCCUAGGACUAUGUGGUCAAUACUGAAUAAGGCCAGGGCUUUCUAGUCAGCUCAGGGUAGGACCACCAGGUUCCUGCUGUCCCCUCAUGUUCAACACCCUACAGUGGAUGCUAGAGGAGACAAAUGUCCUCUAUCAGCUCUUCCCAUAGUUUUCCAAAAUUCUGACGGCCUCCAGAGUGUUGCCUACAUUUCUCCUAGGACUUGGGGAUAGCUACAGAAUAGGUUGUCUGGGGACUCUCAAAUGUUGGUGUGUGACAGCCUUUCUGUACUUUCUCUCCCAUGUCCCCUUCCCCAGGUUUGAUAAGCCAGAGAAAAUUAAGUAUUUUUAUAUCAAAUUAUAUUACAAUAAAUAUUCCAUAUACUUUC